AUGACGGUCACGCAGAUAUAUCCUUCUAUCGCUCCAAUACCGAUAAUAGAGCCGGAGGUUCUCUAUCAAUCGCAGCAUUUCGAUCUUCAGCCUCAAACCCAUUUUCAGCAGCAGCAGCAGCAACAACAACAACAACAUUCAUACCUAGAUCCCGCCCUUGCUCAACAUGAUAUCAGGAUAUUCACUCAAGGGCUGGCGCAUCCGGGCUACGAUACCCCAAUAGCGCCAUACCCUGCCUCGGAUAGUAGUGAGGGUUCGACGGAUAUGUGGGGAGGAGUGAUGAAUUGGGUUGAUGGACAGAAUGCUUCCAUGUCCAUGCAACCAUACCUUCACAUUCAACCCCCACCAUCGGCCCCUCUAUACGCUCAAGAACUUUCCUCGCCCACACAAUCACUUUCCCCAAGGGAACCAAAUGCCAAACGAGAUGCAUCCACUGCAGCUUCGGCACGAUUUCGCCAAAAGAAAAAACAAAGAGAAAAGAGUCUGGAAACAAAUGUUAAGGAUCAAAAGGAUAGAAUUGGUACUAUGGAAUGUAGGAUAAAGGAAUUAGAAGGCGAGAAUGGGUUUCUGAAGGAACUAGUUAUGGGCAGGAUUAAGUGGAAAGAGGAGAGAGAGAAUGGGGAGAGUAGUAGCGAGCAGGAUGGAAAAGAAAAUGGUGAUGGGAAUGAAAAUGGUGUUGAGAAUAUCAAGUAA